AUGCCCUGCACCCCCAGUUGGGGCCCCUCCGCUCGGUGCCUGCGCGCUGCAUACUGGGAGUUGCAGUCCCGUCGAGGUUGGUCCCGCCUCGCCCCAACUUUGGGGAGGAGGUUGGAGAGCCACCAGCCAGCCUUUGAAUUUUGCCGCGAAAAGCGCGCGUGGCGGCCCCUCGGCCACGCCCCCCGCAGGACGCGGCGCCGCGUCACCCUGGUAACCGCCUCCCGGCGGUCCCUGAUUGGGCCUGGCCGCGGGGGGCGGGAGGGGAGCGGGCCGCCGCGGCUGCUGCGGGCGCUCGCGCCUGUCAGUCGGGCCGGAGCGGAGCGGCGGGCAGGGCGCUCGGGCGGCAGCUCCGCGCAGAGGCUGCGCCCACCAGCCGGGGAAGGCGGAGAGCCGGGCCGCCGCCUGCGGGGCCCAAACGCACGGUCCUCGGACCUGAAGCGGGCGAGACGCCAGGCGGCGCGAGGCUGA